CCAGUUGUCCACUGUAGCAUCAGCGUGCGUAAAACAUAUUGGCGUCGCGAACGUACGAAAAUAAUUUCUGGAGUUGAAAUAUUUUCUGGAGUUAAAUUUUUUAAAUAAUGUGCCGUAUGAAAAGUAUGUUGCAUUACCAUCAGAAAUAGGAAAUGCAAGUAAACCAUUGGGAGCUGCAUACAAUAAAUGAAAUAAAGGGAACAAAGAUUAGGAAAUAAGAUUUAAUAUAAUUUAAUAUAAUUUAAUAUAAUUUAAUUAAAAGACGUGUCCUAUAUGAAACGCAGAAUGCAGACCGCAGGUCAUAAGUGCGGACGCGAUAACGGUAUCGAAAGUCGUUAAUGUUAUUGUUGCGGUUUUGUUUGACUCGCGUUUGCAAUCUGAGAUUUGCGUUCUGCAUCUUACGUAAAACGACACGUACGGAACGUUUCUUAUUUAACAUAUUGAAUUAUCCCGUAUGAAAAGGAAUUAUUAAGAUCUUUUCAUAUGUCUAAUAGUUAUUAUUCAAAUUGAUUGAUGAACACCGUCUAGAUUGGUACACACUGUGCAUUGUCUAAAAUUUUAAUUUCUGGAACCCGCAAAUAAAAUAUUAAAAAAAAAAAUUGUUUGGAUUCUGCGAGCAAAACGUUUUGAAAAAUAAUUUGACGGCUGAUAUCAAACAGAUCAGCCGAGCAACGAUCUAAAAAUAUUACUAAAGGAACUUUGACUACUGCCACAAAUAGCCUACUUCUUUUUCGAUCUCUUCCGUCUUUUCGCGAAAGAAUGCGCGAAGGAAUCUCGUGAAUCUGCGCGUGCACUACGCCGCGGGCGCGCAUGUGCGUCUAAAGAGCGGCGGACCAGGUUCUCUCUUAGAUGUAUCGUUUAGUGCGAGAAUAAUACAUGUAGAAGAUAUUACCUGUGUUCGCCGACGUGGCCGUUUCAGAGUAAAAAAUCGCAAAACGUGACUCACUAGUCGCUAUUACGCCAAAUCGCGACCGGUUGCAUCAAAUAAGUUCGAUUCGUAGACUUCCUUUUCACUUACGUAUAUAAUCGCAUAAUUCGUGUGCAUUUACAUGUGUCUUUGCAGUUUUAAGUAGAAAGAAAGUGUAAUAUUAUAUCUCGUAACGGAUAGACAAGAAGGAAAAAAGAAAAAAAGGAAGAAGAUAAAGGGAAUUUUUUGCACAAUUUGUUGCCAAUUAAACCUUGAACAUGUCAUUGUUUGCCUGUUGCGUCCGUCAGAAUAAUCGAAGAGCUGCGGAAGAGGCACAUCAGCAGAUGCUAGCGAGAGAUCCUCCGGAGAUCUCAUGGGAGAACACACUGGGCUCGCCCAACGGCGUGCCCUUCGACGAUGACACAAAGGAGCUGCUAAGGAAGUGCCUCGACGUCUCCGUGCCGCCACCAACCAGCGUGGCGGAGUUAAUCAAACGAAGUAAUGCGUUCCCCGUGAAGUUUCCAAUUAAUACCGUAAGAUGCACCGCUUUGAAGGACAGGGGAAUCAGCUCGGAUACUAUCGAGUUAAACGCAAACUCGGUAUAUCCGCUGAUACACGAAGCGAUGUUGCCCUUGAUUGCUCGAUGGCUAAAACAUAAACGGUUAUAUGGUAGCGCUAUUGAGAAAGUUAUGUACGCGGAGAUGGAUCUCAUUCAAUUCAUCCAUCGCUUAUUAGAUAAGAGGGCGGCUUCCUUCUGUGGUCCCAACGAUCGAUGGAAAUUACUUGAUAACAAGAGUGGUUUCGAUGGAUGGGAAAGUGUCGGUACUGAUCACGAGAAGGAACCUUUGGUCCUAACGAAAUGCUUGAGCUAUGACGAAAUUAAAUUGUCGGCAAUGAUGGUGGUGUCGUCUCAUACGGAGUUCAUAAACGACGGCUCGCGAAAUAAUAGAGGUAUCGUGAGCAGUGACCCAGACGUCGUCCAACCUAGAGGGGUUAUUAUGGGUGUCAUAGGCACAAGAUUUGAAAGACCCCGAUAUAUGGAGUAUCAGGACAUUGUCAUCACGUCACAACAAAACAAUAUGGAUAAUGGGUACGGAUCGGGGAUAGACGGUACAUUCGAGGCAAAACGCGGUCUACGAGUUUUAUGGGCCAAGUUUUAUGGCGAGAAUCACCAUCCGCUCUACGAAGAAACUACAAAACGCAUGAAGUCGAAAGAGAACAAGCGAUAUAUAUCGUUGGGCAAUCAUGUCAUCUUCGAUAUCGAGAAUUAUAUGAAAAGAACCCUCCUCACCGUAGAAAUAAUACUGCUCGAGGCGAACAGCCGAGCCGAGAAGCAAAACACGACCGCUUUCUUGCACGUGGUUGGUUUUGGCCUCGGUGUCUGGAAAUUAAUUCAAGAUCAGGAAGUCUACUUUCUGAAAACAUUCGAGAUUGCCCUCAAAAAAAUGAACAAGAAACUCAAAUAUGUUUCUGACAUCAUGUUCGCUUAUUUCCGGCAACAGAAUUGCGGCGGUGCGGGUAACGGCGAUUACCUGGGUGAUAUAAAGAUACACUUUGCCCUGAGAGAACCACAUAGCAAACUGUUCCGAGCCAAUGACGCGAAUAAACUUCUCAUUGUAACUUACGCCUGGGAUGGAAAUGCGUUACCAGGAAAUGAAUUCUGGGUUGGAAGUCUAGACACCAGCGGCGAUCCAGCGGCCGCAUGCAGCACUCAAAUAACCGAGCUGCAUAAUCCCAAGAUCAAUCCACGCGCGUGCGGCUCCAGCUUGCACGUUGCUUCCGCGGAGCAUGGAAUCCUGCACAUAUCGGAUUACGCGAAGCUCCACCUUACUUAG